ACCACACAGGUGAAAUGCCCUUCUCAUCACAUCCUGUCAAAGGAUAUGUGAUAGCCACAUGACAUUACUGAUGAUAAUCUUCAUUGCGUGGUUAAGGUAUUGUUUGCUAGGUUUCCCCACUGUUUCUCUUUGCCCAUUCUUUGGAAGCAAAUCAGUAAGUCUAGCCCACCCUUAAUGGGGUUGGUGGGAAUUAUGUUUCCUUUCCUGGUGAGGGUAGUAUCUACAUAAAGUAUUUGAAACUCUGUGAUGAAACUUCUCUUCUCCCUCCUUAUUUUAUAUUAGUAUGUACUCAUGUAUAUUUAUUUUGUACUUGGCUUAUAAUCUAAUACUACAUUACCUUUGUUGCUCAAAUUAUCCCAGCUUUGGCCAUUGAAAGCUCUUUCAGGUUGGCUCCCGUGUCCCUUUGAUAGGUCCACAUCCCUUUAUUUUUUUGAGCACUUUCUUAUUUUAUAACAUACAAGAUACUUCAGGCUCAUCUUGUAUAUUCCCUGCCCCAGCCCUAGAAUCAGCUGUUUCUCCAAGGAGAUUAGGUUCUUUUUAUUGGAGAAUGGCAUUUAAAAACCAACAUCUUACCCCAACAUAUUUUACAUUCAGUUAAUAUCGUCCUGUAUCUAACAUGAUUGAAUCUGGAUUGUGGCCCCUUCUGAAACUAAAAUUGAAGUUAUUGUUACAAUCUUUCCAGUUUCCCAUCAGACUAUGGCUCCACUUCCCUUCCUACCUAUCCAAGAAUCCUUGGUCAAUUGUUUAUACUAUGGCUACCAGCAUUCUCCAUUAUUUUGCUCGACUCCCUGUGUCUGCUUUGUCAAUCACUCAACCAUGAAUAAACAGCCAUUUGAUUUCCUUAUUUAGCCAUUAGCAAUGUAACAUUUUAACAUUUUACUUUAUUGGGGUUUUUUUGUUUCUUUUGGGGGGGGGGUUGCCUUUUUUUUGUGGGAUUCUUUUGGAUUUGCAGCCUUAGCUAGGUCUUUAAUAGUUGUGGCAUCUAUUCAUUCAGUAAACAUUUAUUGAUCCCUUACUGUGUGCUGGGUACUAAGCUAGGUUGAGGAUAAAAAGUGAAAUAAGACAGGCCCUGCCACCAAGUACUUAAUAGUUUGACGAGUGAGACACAUACCAUUCACUGCAAGUUUCCCAGUCCUGACCCCAUUUUUCGGCAGAUGAUUUGCUUCCUAUUUCUUGGAGAAAAUGGAAGCCUGAAUUUACUCAAACUUGCCUCUCCUCUCCCUACUAACAUCUAUGUUUUCACCAAUACCAGUUUACCCCUUUCUCUCUUAGGAGAGAAAUGUUAUUUUUCCUUUGCAAGGCCAACCCUGGCACUUGUGCUCUCACCUUGUUUUCUUUGACUUUUUGGUUUUUGUUUUAUGAUAUUUUCUCCCUUCAGUCUCUCCUGAGUUCCCCUUUGUCAGCCUAUAAGCAUGUUAAAAUCCUUCUUCUCCCCCCAUUCUGAAAAACUUAUGCUUUCUCUUCAAGCUACUGAUCUAGUUCUUUCCAUUUCCAAAGUUAGUGAAAGUAGUUUACACUCGAGGUGUCUUUUACUUACCCCUCAGGCCACUUUGUUCAGCACCCAUCAUUUACCAAAUUGUUUUUUAUAAACAGCAAGCUGGUUGCCAGCUCCAGUGGUCUUUCCGUCCUUAGUCUCUUAGAACUCUCUGCAACAGCGUGCAUCUUAGAGCUUUCUUCUCAUGGAGUGUGAAACAUGCUCUCCUAGUUCUCCUUCAACCUUUCUGACUAUUCUUUUGAGUCUCCUUCAUAGACACUUAUUUCCUCUGUCCUUGUCUUGUGUCCUUUUCUUACUCUAUCUUUCACCUCCUUAAACAAGAUGCAUCCACUCUUUAUUUAUUACAUACAUGUUGGUGACUCCUAAAUCUUAAGCCCUGACUUUUCUCUCAACCUGGCAGCCUGCUUCCUGGACAUUUUCAUCUGGAUGUCCCACAGAUAACUCAAAUUCAACAUGUAAGAAGGGGAAAUAAUCCUUUUGUGUUCUCCAUCUCACCUAACAGUAUUACUACCCCUUGAUGGUUUAUACUUGAAACCUCAGAAUCAUCUUUUAAUUCUCCCUUUCACCUACCAACAUUCAUUUGAUUACCAAUCCUGUCAACAUUACCAAUACAAUACCUCAAUUUUUUCCUUUUUAUUUCUACUAUCCUAGUACUCACCUUGGCUACUGCAUAGUUCUUGUAACUGAUCUCCCUGCUUCUAGUCUCCCUGAGCUGCAGUCAUCCAUCUUCCACAUUGCCACCAGACCACUGCCUAAAAUCCUUUGAUUUUAGGAAAAGUCUAAGCUCCUUGAUAUAGAAUUGAAAACCUUUCUAAUCUGGUCCCAGUCUAUCUCUAGAGUGAUUUUCUGCUUCAUAUCUCAUACCCCUUUCUCUUGCUCACUCCCUCUGCCCCCAGCACACAUACUUUGGGUUCAUAACUCUGUGCCUUUAUUCUUGCUGUUUCCUUUGACUAUAACAGUCACCCUCCUCUUACUUGUUUUCAGUCUAGUUACUUUUGAGACAAUUUUUUCCUUUCUCUGUGAAACCCUCCAGGCACCUCUCUUGCCUUGUCUUCUAUGCCCUGGACAGAAUUAGCUCAUUUGAUCUUUCUGCUUGUAUAGCUGCUUGCUUAUACCCGUAGUCUGAUGCAUAAUUUUCUAGUUGCUUGUUCAUAUAUAUUCCUUCCUUUCCAGACUAUGAGUUCCUCCAGGGCAGGAAUCACAUAUCUUUGUAAGCCCAGCAUCUAAAGAAAUACGUUUUUAAGACUGGGACCUAAUAUUUUCUGAGUUGAAUGAAUAAACCACUCGCUUUAGUCCUGUAGUCAGUGGAGUCAACAGUAAAUUAUUGGGCCACUGCAGACUUUAAUCAGGGGAUCCUAAUGAAGAUCUUUGUGUAUGUAGAAUCGAGGGAGACUUUAUUCCUAUGCUGAGAUCCUUUCUCAGGACCUUCCUAAUCCCUCAGCUCUCAGAUUCUCUCUCUUUCUUUCACCAUCUUGACUCUAAACUCUGACUGCCCAGAGCAGGUAUAGUUCCCAUUUACCUAGCUGGAAUGUUUCUGUCUUUGAGAGGAGUAGUUAUCCAAGGCUUUGGGUGAGGAGACUAUGCCUUCCUGCCUGAUCCUUACCUCACUCCCCUCUGGAGGAGAUAGUCUCCUGAGACACUCCAGACACAAGAAGCUAUUUGACCUUCAACUCCUCCCCGCCCUGGAGUUACCUGAUCUGGGAGCUGGUGAAGGAAGAUAGCUGUAAAUAAGUACAACAUUCCACCUCACUGGCAGGGCCCUGCAGACUCGAGAAGGGCCCAAGGAGGGAUGGGCAGCUGUCCAUCUGCCUCUAGUACUGGUCAUUCCUCCAGCUUCUGCUUUGCAGCUGCUGGAGCUUUUACUCUCUCCUUCACGCAGGGUCUGCAGGAGAAAGGCUCCAGAAUCAAAGAGUUAGUACUCAGACUCUCAUCCCUGGUCUAAGCCAGACCAUUCCCAGAAAGGGUUUCCAGGCAGCCACCAGAGGGACGGAAGUCUGGGAAAACAGGAAACUGGUCCGCUCUGACUAAUUCUCCUGGGAGGCAGCUGCUCACAGGUGUGAAAAUAAUCACCUAUUACUGUAGUUUCUCACUCUGGGGAAAUCUGAUGGAGUUGGACUCCUGUUUCUAUUACAGCUCAAGUUAUAGACCUUUCCAUCCAUAUCCAUGCUGACACUGCCUCUACACACCCUGUGCCCUCCCUUCACUUUUUACAGUCCCUGCAGCUUAAUAGGUAAUAGGAGGUGUACUAUGGAUAUUAGUUGUCAGGGGAGGCCCUCUCUGCCCCCUCACUGCGCCCUGAGUUUCUCCUAUGUCUGCUGACCUCUGGUGGUGAUAGUUUGAACUGUACCUUUCUAGUUACUGGCCUGCUGGCAGGUGAUGGCGUAUAUUUUCUCAAUAAUCCAAAUUCAAAUAUUCAAAUACUGUAUUAAAUGGAAAUUUUUUUUUACUGAAUUUUGUAUUUAUUUUCAUGCAUCAUGACAUAAUGCAAGUAACAAGACCUGGGUUUUAGAGUCAGACUUACCUAGGUUCAAUCCUAGCUCUGCUAUUUCCUAGCAGAGUGACCUUGGCCAAGUUACCUAAGCUUUCUUACGUAUAAAGUGAAGACAAUAAUAAAUAGCUCAAUGGGAGAAUUAGGUGAGAUGAUUAUAAAAUGCGUAGCCCUAGAUGUGCCCUAGCACAGAGGUGCUCAAUAAAAGUUUGUUACCUUUUCAAUAAUGGUGAUGUGUUCAGUGUGUGACUCAAUGUGAUUUUUUAAAUUUUGGUAACAUAAAAUUUACCAUAUACCCAUUUUCAAUGUGAUUUUGUGUGUGUGUGUGUGUGUGUGAGGAAGAUCAGCUCUGAGCUAACAUCCAUGCCAAUCCUCCUCUUUUUGCUGAGGAAGAGUGGCCCUGGGCUAACAUCCGUGCCCAUCUUUCUCUACUUUAUAUGGGACGCCACCACAGCAUGGCCUGACAAGCAGUGCGUCCGUGCGCGCCUGGGAUCUGAACCCCGGGCCGCCAGCAGCAGAGUGCGCGCACUUAACCGCCAUGCCAUGGGGCCGGCCCCCAAUGUGAUUUUUUUUUUAACUCUGAGAAAUUUUAUAUAGCUGUUUUCUGAUUCUUGAGUUUGGAGAAUGAAGUCUGGUCUAGUAUGGGCUAUGAAGCCUCUCUCUGCCCAGGGAGCUGCACAUCUGAGCCCUGAAAAUAUGAGUUACAAGGGAUCUUGGGCACAGCUGAAUGGCUCUGAGCAGUUGACCUCAUUGGGUUUCCAGCCUGGGAAGGGCUGACAGGAUCCAGCACUUUUCUCUAGGGUCAGCAAAGGGCAGAGGUUUGCAGUUAGGCAUCACUGGGUUCUGGGCCUCCAAGGCCCCCUCCUCCCACUUUGCAGAGAAAAGAGGAGGUGGCUGAAAAGAGGAGGAUAUGAGAUUGGUGCUCUGCUCCUCCCUCUCUCUCCCUGCUUUUCCCCACAACCAUCCUCUCCCCCACAGCAGCCAUCUCCCCCACAGAGACUUGGAAGAUGAGGGGGGCGGAGUUGGGGACUGAGGGAUCAGAAGCCCCACAGUGCCCUGUAUCUGAAGGAAGCUCUGGCCAGGGGCAGCUGUGUUGGCUCAUGCUCCCCUCCUCCUGCUGCUGCCUCCUUCAGCAUGAUGCUGGGGACUCCGGGGCUUUGGGCACUGCUUCCUGCAGCUGUGCAAGCACCCACAGGCAGGCGGACCUGUGUGUUCUUUGAGGCCCCCGGAGUGCGGGGAAGCACAAAGACACUGGGGAAGCUGCUAGAUGCAGGACCAGGGCCCCCCAGGGUUAUCCGCUGCCUCUACAGCCGCUGCUGCUUUGGGAUCUGGAACUUGACCCAAGACCGGGCACAGGUGGAGAUGCAAGGAUGCCGAGACAGUGAUGAGCCAGGCUGUGAGUCCCCACACUGUGACCCAAGCCCCCGAGCCCACCCCAGCCCCAGCUCCACUCUCUUCACCUGCUCCUGUGGCACUGACUUCUGCAAUGCCAAUUAUAGCCAUCUGCCUCCUCCAGGGAACCCUGGGACUCUUGGCUCCCAGGGUCCCCAGGCCAUCCCAGGUGAGUCCAUCUGGAUGGCGCUGGUGCUGCUGGGGCUGCUCCUCCUCCUCCUCCUGCUGCUGCUGGGCAGCAUCAUCUUGGUGCUGCUACAGCGAAAGGCCUGCAGAGUGCGAAGUGGGCCAGGGCCAGAGCCAGAGCCAGAGCCAGAGCCAGACUCAGGCAGAGACUGGAGUGCAGAGCUACCUGAGCUGCCAGAGCUGUGCUUUUCCCAGGUGAUCCGGGAAGGAGGUCACGCGGUGGUAUGGGCUGGGCAGCUGCAAGGAGAGCUGGUAGCCAUCAAGGCCUUCCCCCUGAGGGCUGUGGCCCAGUUCCAAGCUGAGAGAGCAUUGUACGAGCUGCCAGGCCUACAGCACGACCACAUUGUCCGCUUUAUCACUGCCAGCAGGGGGGGGCCUGGCCCCCUGCCCUGUGGGCCCCUGCUGGUGCUGGAACUGCACCCCAAGGGCUCCCUCUGCCACUACUUGACCCAGCACACCAGUGACUGGGGAAGUUCCCUGAGGAUGGCACUGUCCCUGGCACAGGGCCUGGCGUUUCUCCACGAGGAGCGCUGGCAGGAUGGCCAAUAUAAACCAGGUAUUGCCCACCGAGAUCUGAGCAGCCAGAAUGUGCUCAUUCGGGAGGAUGGGUCAUGUGCUAUUGGAGACCUGGGCCUCGCCUUAGUGCUCCCUGGCCUCACUCAGCCCCCUGCCUGGGCCCCUACUCAACCCCGAGGCCCAGCUGCCAUAAUGGAGGCUGGCACCCAGAGGUACAUGGCACCGGAGCUCUUAGACAAGACUUUGGACCUACAGGACUGGGGCAUGGCCCUCCGGCGAGCCGAUGUUUAUUCUCUGGCUCUGCUCCUGUGGGAGAUCCUGAGCCGCUGCCCAGAUUUAUGGCCUGACAGUACACCACCACCCUUCCAACUGGCCUAUGAGGCGGAACUGGGUAGCACCCCCACCACCUGUGAGCUGUGGACCUUGGCAGUGGAAGAGAGAAGGCGCCCCUACAUCCCAUCCACCUGGCACUGCAUCUCCACAGACCCUGGUGGCCUGAGAGAGCUCCUAGAGGACUGUUGGGAUGCAGACCCAGAAGCACGGCUGACAGCUGAGUGUGUGCAGCAGCGCCUGGCUGCCCUGGCCCAGCCUCAGGAGGCCCACCCCUUCCCAGAUGGCUGUCCACACAGCUGCCCACCUCUCUGCCCAGAAGACUGUGUCUCAACUCCUCCCCAUUGCCAUUCUCGCUUGUAGGCUUCAGCUGAGUGUCUACCACGUCAGCGUUCAGCAAUGCCCUUGUUCCAGGAAUCCUCAACCUGCCUGUACCAUUUCUCAUGUGUAAAUAUGCAGUUUAUGUGUCAUCCACCUACGUGCAAAUAUAAAUAUGGUAAUCAUAUGCCCAUCUGCUCUGCCUCACCUCUGCCUUUCCUACUUGCCAAAUGCUUGGAUCCUUCUCUGGACAUCCAGUCCACUGCAGUUCUGACCAGUAACUGGGGGUAGGCGUGCAUAGGAAAGAGACAAAGUCAGCUUUCCUGACUCCACGUCCUUGGGCCUUCCUCCCUUCCUGUGAUCCUGGGCCUGUCUCUCUUCUUUUCCUUCUCCUCUACAAGCCUUUAUUUGAUGGGAUCUCAUGCUGGGCACUGGAGAAAGAAGGAUGAAUACAAUGAAAUUGCUGCUUUGAAGGUGCUCAGAGAACUACAGCUCACUUUGUUGGGAUCCUGGGGGAGUGUCCUCUCCUGAGGCUUGAGUGGGAAGGCCUCACAGGAUGCUUGAACUGGGUCUUGAAGGAGCAGGAGUUUUCCUGAAGUGUUGGGGGCAGUAGGGCAAUCCUGGCCCCAGGAGGUGUAGCAUCACGUGGUGCAGCAAGAAACUGCAAGUAAUCUGGGUAGCAAAGU